CCACGGUGCGGUGACACGGUGACACACGGUGACACUGUUGAAGUUCCGAAUGGUGGAGAUCUUUUUCGUUUUCGAAAAAACAAAAGAAACAUUUGUCCAAUUUUCCCAAAUUUCGGCAUAAAUGCGCCACGUCACAACAUGCGACGUUUGUCGGAGACAGAAAAGAGGAAUUCAAAAAAUUUUGCACCGACCCUCAUUCGUUUGUGAUUUCUUGUCGUUGUGGUUGUCUGUUGACGGCAUUGCUGCUCUUGUUGCUUUUCUUCUGUUACGUUGUACACUGUAGUAAUCGCAACAGUGCCACAAAGAGAGAGGAGUGUGAAAUACAGAGACAAGACAGUUGCGUUGGUUUUCAGAGAGGAAGGUCACAGUCCUUGGAAUUUUUGAUUCGUGCGUGAUUUGCUUCUCUAAAGAAAGAAACAAGCAGCCACACUUCCCACGCCUCUUGUCAAGUUUUCGUCGAGAGUUUAAUAUGGAUCCUCCUAUGGAUCCUCCGACUAUGGAUCCUCCCACAGAUGACGAGGACUCUGUGGUGAGAGAUCCUCCUCCAACUCCCAAUACGGCCAUGGCGGUGGAGCAGCCAUCAGCUUCCACUCCAGCUGUCAGCACGGCUAGCAGUGCAGACAGUGCGGCAAGCAGUGUAGUCAGUGAAGCCAGUGCGGCAAGUGGUGAAGCCAGCAACGAGCCCACACCUACCAAACCCAACAACGAGCCUACACCUACCAAACCCAAUAAUGAUCCUUCGCCCGCCAAAUCCAACAACGAGCCUUCACCUGCCAAACCAAAAGAAGAAGAAGCAGUACAAGAAGUCGUAGAAGAAGAAGCAGAAGAAGAAGAAGCGCCCGCUAAGCAAGACACAACAACUGCGUCUCCGAAAAGUACAACGUCCCCCAAAAGUACUACUAGUACCAGCUAUAAGAGUGACUUGUUGACCAGUUUGGUCACCACCACCGAUCCAUCCCUUGAGACAACCAAUCACGUGUACAUUCGCGACGACCAGUAUGCGUGGAUUCCAGCUCGUGUCGAAAAGACGGACGACGAUGGAUUGGCUCAUGUCGUCAUUCCGGAAUACAAGGACGAAAAGAGCAUUCAAUCCGAUGGAGGACGACGGGCCAAACGAUUCCGAAAAGACACGGUCAAAUUGAGUGACUAUCCCAAUCGAGCAUUGCCAUUGCAGAAUGUCGACGAGAAAGGAUACUUGAAGGAAGUAGAGGAUAUGGUCGAUUUGUCCUUUUUACAUGAGGCCGCCAUUAUGUACAAUCUCAAAGCACGUCAUGUAGACAGCAAACCCUACACAAGAACGGGGGAUAUUGUCAUUGCCGUAAAUCCCUACAAGUGGCUACUCGAUCUAUACACGGAAGAGUUAAGGCACGAAUACGCCAGCGCACUCGUAUUCAACAAUAGCUACGAUGACAACGAUGGAGGAGAUCCAAGAUCCAAAAUUGAACCACAUGUCUACGAAGCAUCCUCCUUGGCAUACCGUGGCUUGGCCGUAGACGGAGAUGACCAAUCCAUUCUGGUAUCGGGAGAGUCGGGAGCUGGAAAAACAGAAACUGUCAAAAUUCUCAUGAAUGACUUGGCCAGUGUUCAACGGGAUGCACAAACAUUUGCGUCCAAACCCAAUAGUAGCAGCGAUCUCAUGAAAAAGAAGAAACCAUCCCUCAUGGGCGAUCCCAACAGCAACAAGGCGCCUCCUCCUACUCAAUCCACUUCGGUCAUUGUCCAGCGUGUCCUGGAUUCCAAUCCACUACUCGAGGCUUUUGGAAACGCCAAAACGCUUCGGAACGAUAAUUCCAGUCGAUUUGGAAAAUAUAUUCAGCUACAGUUCCAUGGAGAAGAUCCAGAGGCGGCAGCGCGAUGUGGAAAACAGUUGCCCGGUUGUGUCUUGGCUGGAUCCAAAGUAGAAGUGUACUUGCUUGAAAAGAACCGUGUUGUCAGUCACGAAGAAGAGGAACGGACCUUUCAUAUUUUUUAUCAACUGCUAAAUGCACCCGAAGCAAUCAAAGCCGAAAUAUGGGCUGGACUGGAAGAUACCGACAAUGAGUCCUACAGUUACGUGGGAUUUACAGAAACCGAAGCCAUUGAAGGAUUGUCGGACGAAGAACGCUUCCAGCACACGGUCGACUCGUUGGCACUCGUGGGCGUCCAGGGUGAUUCGUUGAAAAUGCUCAUGCGGGCAAUCUGCAUCGUACUGCAGCUGGGAAAUCUAGUCUUUGAACCGGACCAACGCGAUGACGACAAGACGGAAAUAACUGCGACAGAUGAGUUGGAUGGUUUGUCGGAACUCAUGGGUGUAGCACAAAAAGACUUGAUUGCGGCGCUGACCUUGCGUACUGUGCGAGCCCGUGGAGAGGAAUACAAGGUACCACUCAAUUCGGAAAAGGCUCGUGAUUCCACUGACGCAUUUGCCAAGGAGAUUUAUGCCAAGACUUUUUUGUGGCUUGUGCGACAAAUCAAUGAUGCCACCUGCGCGGAACGGAAUUAUGAUGGUGAUAAAAAGGAUGGCUUUGGAAUCAUUGGGCUGCUCGACAUUUUUGGUUUCGAGUCCUUUGAAGUCAACCGAUUCGAACAGUUAUGCAUCAACUACGCCAACGAAAAGUUGCAACAAAAGUUCACGCAAGAUAUCUUCCGGUCGGUGCAAGCCGAAUACGAGUACGAAGGGAUUGAGUUGGGUGAAAUCACCUACGACGACAACACGGAUGUGCUGGAUCUGGUCGAAGGAAGAAUGGGUCUUUUGUCGUUUUUGAACGAAGAAGGCGUUCGACCAAAGGGAUCCGACAAAUCGUUCGUCUCCAAAGUCGAUUCGAUGAACAAAGACAGUCCUUGCUGGUACAGGGAAAAGGCUUGGUCUGACACUGAAUUUGGUAUCGUCCAUUAUGCUGGGAAGGUAGUUUACGAUGCAACAAACUUUGUCACCAAAAAUAUGGACACUCUCCCAUCGGACUUGGAAGACUGUGCAUUCAAGAGCACCAAUGACAUUCUUGCAAACGCUCUGAAGAACGACGGAAUGAUGAAUGUCGAAGUAAAAAAGCGUAGAGCCUCGAAACGUCCCCCGACAAACCAAAAAGCUAAGCGGAACGCGAAUAGAAGGGGAAGCAUUGCCGCAGACUCUGUUUGGACCAAGUUCCGGGGUCAGCUAACAAAUUUGAUGACGAGCCUCGACACAACACGCUCACGAUACAUCCGCUGCAUCAAACCCAACCAGGUGAAACUUCCGCUUGAGAUGGAGCAUCUUUCCACGAUUGAGCAGCUCCGCUGUGCCGGUGUUGUGGCAGCAGUCACCAUUUCGCGCUCAGCAUUCCCCAAUCGUCUGGAGCAUGAAAUUGUAUUGGAACGAUUCAAAUCGUUGUGGGGCAAAGGUGUCUACCCGAGCGAACAGGUCCUCGCCGAGUAUGAAUUUGACGAACAGCCCAAAUUCCUGGUCGAGAAGCUUCUAGAACACGCCCUGAAGGAAUUAGCAUCAGAAAAGAAGGGCCAAAUCGUUAGGGCCUUUGUGAUUGGAAAAUCUCGGGCGUACUUUCGAGCGGGUUCCCUCGAGUUCAUGGAAGCGGAGCGUUUGAAAUUUCUGAGUGUGUGGGCAUUGGAAAUCCAACGCGUGGUUCGAGGUUUCACGCAGAAAUCCAAGUACAAGAAGAUCAAGGCUGGCAUGAUUUUCCUAGAGGCACAAGUCAGGAUGAAAAUCGCGCUUCGCAACUACCGCAGGAUGCGAGCCGCAUCCAUCCGUACCCAGUGCUGGAUUCGUUGUAUCUUUGCGGCCAGGCUACUGGUUGUCAAGCGCCGGAAUUACAGAGCAACUAUGAUCCAAACGCAUUGGCGCAUGGGUGUCGCCAUCACCAACUUGAAGAUUCAUCUCAAGGCCGCCGUGGCGAUUCAAACGAUGACUCGCGGCUCCCUGCAAAGACCCAAGUUUCGACUAGCGCUGCAUGAGAAACGCGAAGAAGCCAAACUGGAAAAUCAACUCCGGGCGUUGCAACGCAAGUUGGAAGAAGCCGAACAGAAGCGCAUCGAGGCGGAAAAGAAAGCAGAAGAAAAGGCCCAGAAAGCAGUGCAGGAGUAUCGAGAGAGUACCAUUGUAGAAGAGAAGAAGAUGGACCCAACGGCGGCCACUGACCCAUCUGUUGCGUCUGUGGCAUCUGCUGGGCCUUCAGCUGGCCCAGCUACGGAAGAGACGGCAAGUGUAUCCUCACCAGUGCCAUCCGUUCCUUCCGAAGCAGCGUCCCUCAAGGUAGAUGAGAUUGCCAACAACGUUCCAUCUCAAGUGGCGCCUUCUGUUUCGGCCACGGUGGUGAACCUCACUGCCCAACAACAAAAUCUGAUGGAUGAGAGCGGAAAGAUGCUUGAGUACCUUCGAAAGGAAGUUUUCAAGUUAAGAAACCAAAACAACCAAAUCCGAGCUGACUUCGAGCUCGUCAAAGACAACAACCAACGGCUGAUGGACGCCAAUGCCUCUGCCGGAGCUUCCUUUGCGGCAUUGAACCAGCAUGCCAAGCAACUUACAAAGACAAAUGCCAAGCUGUCGGCUGACUGUAACCAGUACCGUCAGACGAUUCAGCGAAUGAACGUGACGCAGGUUGAGUUGAAAGAAGAGCUGAAGAUGAAACAGGCCACCUACAUCGCGGAGGUUCGCUCUAGGUUGACGUAUCAAAAGGCUCUUGGUAUGAUCGUCGAACUUGCUUCAGAGAGAUGCCGGGACACUAGGCUUGUGGAAGAUAUUCUACGAAUUGCAGACGAAGCGGAAGGGGACGACUUUGGUGGUUCCGGCGCCCCCAGUCCUGCGUCCCCUCGCAGUCCGUCUGCAAGGGAUCCGCAGGCAGGCAUGAACAACGACAGCAACCAUGAUUCCAUGUACUCUCGAUUCAAGUCAUAUUGGUCUUAAAAAAAGGCAGUUUGGCUGCUUUUGCUAUGAGAGGGCACCGAAGAAUAUGAAUUGAAUAGAUGCCCAGCUAGCUAGUGUGUCCUCUCUGCUAAUCCCCCUACCUGCCGGUACUCGAGUAAGACUUUUCACCAGGCCAAUGUAACAAAUAAUCAAGCAAACCUAUAAGAAACAGAAGUUAGUCUUCCU